AUGUUACACUCAGAAAAGUUCGAUCCGCAAGAAGAGGCAUAUGAGGGUGGCUCACCGCUAGGAAACGACAUCGCUGGCUUUGGGGCUUCCUCUAACAAGACCAAGUUCUGGGCCGAUGCAAUCCCGCAGAAACAGGGUCUGUAUGACCCUGAAUACGAGCGUGACGCCUGCGGUGUCGGUUUUGUCGCGAACAUCAAAGGUAAUGUCUCGCACAAGAUCGUAUCGGACGCUCGAUACUUGCUUUGCAACAUGACACACAGAGGUGCCGUGUCUUCAGGUGGUAAUGGUGAUGGUGCUGGUAUUCUGGUAGGAAUUCCUCACGAGUUCAUGAGACGUGAGUUCAAAUUAGAGCUUGACAUAGAUCUCCCAGCGAAAGGUCAAUACGCUGUGGGAAACUUCUUUUUCAAAAAGGACGCACCAGAGACCCUGGACGUUGGCAAACGCGCAUUCGAGGACAUUGCUCAAUCUUUGGGACUUUCUGUUCUUGGAUGGCGUUCGGUACCCCACGAUUCCUCGCUACUAGGUGCCGUGGCUCUAUCACGCGAGCCUGCUAUUUUGCAACCCUUGGUUGUUCUCACUGCCGCGCACCAAGAAUCGCAAGCUAUCUCCGGAGAAGGUUUCAAAUCCAAAUACGACGUAGAGUUUCAAACUCAACUUUACAUCCUACGGAAGAAAGCUUCUUCCACUAUAGGCAUUCAGAAUUGGUUCUACGCCUGUUCUUUAAACACUAAAACUAUCGUUUACAAAGGUCAAUUGACUCCAACUCAGGUGUAUCAAUACUACCAUGACUUGACCAAUGCUCAUUUCGAGUCCCACAUGGCUCUUGUUCAUUCUCGUUUCUCUACAAACACAUUCCCUUCGUGGGACAGAGCUCAACCGCUUAGAUGGAUUGCCCAUAAUGGUGAAAUCAACACUUUGCGCGGUAAUAAAAAUUGGAUGCGUUCCCGUGAAGGUAUAAUGGCUUCGGACACUUUCAAAGAAAAUCUGGAGCAACUAUACCCAAUUAUUGAAGAAGGUGGCUCAGACUCUGCAGCUCUUGACAAUGUCUUAGAGCUGCUGGUCAUAAAUGGUGCAUUAUCUCUUCCAGAGGCUAUUAUGAUGAUGGUCCCCGAAGCUUAUCAUAAGGAUAUGGACUCGAACUUGAAAGCUUGGUUCGACUGGGCUGCUUGUCUGAUGGAACCUUGGGAUGGCCCUGCUUUACUCAACUUCACAGAUGGUCGUUACUGCGGUGCUAUGCUAGACAGGAAUGGGUUGAGGCCUUGCCGUUAUUACAUAACCUCCGAUGAUCGUGUUAUUUGUGCUUCCGAAGUGGGUGUUAUUCAAGUCGAUAACUCCUUGGUUGUUCAAAAGGGUAAAUUGAAGCCAGGCGAAAUGCUUCUGGUCGAUACAGAGCUAGGGGAAAUGGUCGACACGAAGAAAAUGAAGGCCAAAUUCUCUAAAAAGCAAGACUUCAAGUCUUGGCUAUCUAAGUUGAUCAAGCUAGAGGAUCUACUAGUCAAGACCGAAAAAUUCACCCCUAAGAAGUUUUUGAAUGAUCGUCAUGCUUCGCUGAAGGCUCAACAAGACCCAAGACUCUUGGCUCUGGGAUAUACAUUUGAACAAGUUUCCAUGGUACUCGCGCCAAUGGCUCUUGGCAGCAAAGAGGCUCUUGGCUCUAUGGGUAACGAUGCUCCGUUGGCUUGUCUCAAUGAAGACCCUGUUUUGCUCUAUGACUACUUCAGACAACUAUUUGCACAGGUAACAAAUCCUCCCAUUGAUCCUAUUCGGGAAGCGAAUGUUAUGUCUUUGGAAUGUCACGUCGGUCCUCAAGGUAACCUUUUGGAAGUGCACUCAUCUCAAUGCGAUCGCUUACUGCUGCGCUCACCAAUCCUACAAUGGAGGGAAUUUGAGGCUAUAAAAAACAUCGAGAAGGCACACCCUACCUGGUCGGCUGCAGACAUCGAUAUAACCUUCGAAAAGUCUCAAGGACUGCUAGGUUACACAGCAGCACUCGAACGCAUCACUCAAGAAGCAUCAGAUGCCAUCGAUCAAGGUAAGCGAAUCUUGAUGAUAUCUGACCGCAAAAUGGGCGCAGAUCGCGUUCCUUUGUCUUCUCUAAUUGCUGUCGGUGCUAUUCAUCAUCACUUAAUCAGAAACAAACAGCGCUCCCAGGUGGCAUUGAUUUUGGAAACAGGUGAAGCUAGGGAAGUGCACCAUUUCUGUGUUCUUCUAGGCUAUGGUUGUGAUGGUAUCUUUCCAUAUCUUGCCAUGGAAACCCUAGUGAGAAUGAACCAAGAGGGCUUGGUGCGUAAUGUUGAGAACGAUGAAAUCACUAUCGAUGAUGCUACCCUUCUAGAUAAUUAUAAGCAUGCAGUGGACGGUGGUAUUCUAAAGGUUAUGUCGAAAAUGGGUAUCUCGACGCUGGCUUCUUAUAAGGGUGCUCAAAUUUUCGAGUCACUAGGUAUCGAUAAUACUGUAGUUGAUCUAUGCUUUGCCGGUACAGCUUCGAGAAUUCAGGGUGUGACUUUUGAAUAUAUUGCCCAGGACGCUUUUUCAAUGCACGAACGUGGUUUCCCAAGUAGAAAGACCAUUUCCAAAUCUGUCAACUUGCCAGAAAGUGGAGAAUACCAUUGGAGAGAUGGUGGUGCCAAGCACAUUAAUGAUCCAACAGCGAUCGCUUCUCUACAAGAUUCUGUCAGGAACAAAAAUGAAGGUGCUUGGGAAAUGUACGUGAAGAAAGAAAUGGAAUCAAUAAGAGACUGUACGUUGAGAGGUUUGCUAGAACUGAACUUCGAGGAUUCGGAGCCCAUUCCACUCGAACAAGUUGAACCUUGGACAGAAAUAGCCAGAAGAUUCGCCACUGGUGCUAUGUCCUAUGGAUCUAUAUCGAUGGAGGCUCAUUCGACUUUGGCUGUGGCAAUGAAUAGACUAGGAGCAAAAUCUAACUGCGGUGAAGGUGGUGAGGACUCUGAGCGUUCCAUUGUUCAUGCAAACGGCGACACAAUGAGAUCUGCUAUUAAGCAAGUUGCUUCCGCUCGGUUCGGUGUUACUUCUCAUUACUUAUCGGAUGCUGACGAAAUUCAAAUCAAAAUAGCGCAAGGUGCUAAGCCUGGUGAAGGUGGUGAACUUCCAGCGCAUAAAGUUUCACCUGAUAUUGGAAAAACUAGACAUUCUACUCCAUAUGUCGGUUUGAUUUCUCCUCCUCCUCAUCACGAUAUUUACUCUAUUGAAGAUUUGAAGCAAUUGAUCUAUGACCUUAAGUGCGCUAACCCCAGAGCGGGUAUUUCAGUGAAGUUGGUUUCCGAAGUUGGCGUGGGUAUUGUGGCAUCUGGUGUAGCUAAGGCAAAGGCCGACCAUAUUUUGGUAUCUGGCCACGACGGUGGUACUGGUGCCUCAAGAUGGACCGGUAUUAAGUACGCUGGAUUGCCUUGGGAAUUGGGUCUUGCUGAGACUCAUCAGACCCUAGUUUUGAACGAUCUAAGACGUAACGUCGUUGUGCAAACUGACGGUCAAUUGAGAACUGGUUUCGAUAUUGCCGUAGCCGUUUUGUUGGGAGCUGAAUCCUUUACUUUGGCCACUGUGCCACUAAUCGCCAUGGGAUGUAUCAUGCUGAGAAAGUGUCACCUGAACGCGUGCGCUGUGGGUAUUGCUACGCAGGAUCCAUUAUUAAGAGAGAAGUUCAAGGGUCAACCAGAACAUGUUAUCAACUUCUUUUACUAUUUAAUUCAAGACUUGAGAAAAAUAAUGGCUAAAUUGGGUUUCCGCACUAUUGAUGAGAUGGUUGGUCACUCUGAAAAGCUUAGAAAAAGAGAAAAUGUUAAUACGAAAGCAAUUAACAUUGACUUGUCACCCAUUCUGACUCCAGCUCAUGUUAUUCGUCCAGGCGUCGCAACAAAGUUCACCAAGAAACAGGAUCACAAGUUGCACACACGUUUGGAUAACAAGUUAAUCGACGAAGCUGAGAUAACCUUAGAUCGGGGACUUCCUGUCAAUAUUGACGCUUCUAUCAUCAACACUGAUCGUGCUUUGGGUGCUACUUUGUCUUACAGAAUAUCAAAAAAGUUCGGUGAGGAAGGUUUGCCUCAAGACACAGUCGUGGUGAAUAUCGAGGGUUCUGCAGGCCAAACAUUUGGCGCUUUCUUGGCCUCUGGUGUAACAUUUAUUUUGGAUGGUGAUGCCAAUGAUUAUGUCGGGAAGGGUCUCUCUGGCGGUAGAUUAGUCAUUAGACCUCCCGCCAACUCGAAGUUUAAGAGUGACGAAAACGUCAUUGUCGGAAACACUUGCUUCUAUGGUGCAACAUCAGGUACUGCGUUCAUUUCAGGUGUUGCUGGUGAACGUUUCGGUGUCCGUAACUCUGGUGCCACUAUUGUCGUCGAAAGAAUCAAGGGUAACAAUGCCUUUGAAUAUAUGACAGGUGGUCGCGCUGUCGUUUUGUCUCAAAUGGAGUCUUUAAAUGCCUUCUCUGGUGCAACUGGUGGUAUUGCCUAUUGUUUGACAUCCGAUCAUGAUGACUUUGUAGGGAAAAUCAACUUGGAAACUGUUGAAUUGCAGAACUUGGUUGAUCCAGUUGAAAUUGCCUUUGUCAAGAAUUUGAUUCAAGAGCAUUUCAACUAUACGAAGUCGGAACUAGCUGCGAGAAUCUUGGGUAAUUUCAAUCACUAUUUGAAGAAUUUCGUUAAGGUUAUCCCCACCGAUUAUAAAAAGGUUCUGGAAAAAGCCGCCGCUGAGGAGUCUAAGAUGAAGAAGGUGAACACUGCAAACUUCUUGAAGAAAUUUAGCUCAAGCACAGAUCUAAAAUCCGAUGCAACCAACGGCGAGGUCGAUGGAAUUAGAAAUUCAAGACUAAAACCCGCUAACAGUGUAAGCCACAGAGCAACACUUGCGGAACCCAAAGUUCAGGACCUAGAAGACGCUGUUCAGGACGUUGAACAAGUUGAAAAGAAGGCUGAAAAAAUUGAAAAGGUUCGUGGCUUUAUGUUAUACAAAGUACGCCAUGAAAAGUACCGCGCCACUAAAUCGCGUACAAAAGAUUGGAAAGAACUAUCCAACAGUAUCAGCAAGACUGAUGCCAAGUAUCAGACUGCUAGGUGUAUGGACUGCGGUGUUCCUUUCUGCACAGCUGAUACGGGGUGCCCAAUUUCAAACGUAAUUCCCAAAUUCAAUGAAUUGGUUUUCAAAAACCAGUGGAAACUAGCUCUGGACAAAUUGUUAGAAACCAACAAUUUCCCGGAGUUUACCGGUAGAGUGUGCCCUGCUCCAUGCCAAGGUUCUUGCACUCUGGGAAUUAUUGACGACCCUGUUGGCAUCAAAUCUAUUGAGAGACUGAUCAUUGAUAAUGGUUUCAAGGAAGGAUGGAUCACACCUCAAAUACCAGAAUUCAGAACUGGCCGCACUGUUGCCAUCAUUGGUUCAGGACCUGCUGGCCUAGCAUGCGCUGAUCAAUUAAACAGAGCAGGACACUCAGUCACUGUUUAUGAGAGAGCUGACCGUUGCGGUGGGCUUCUGAUGUACGGUAUCCCCAACAUGAAGUUAGAUAAGAAAAUUGUCCAGCGUCGUGUUGAUCUAAUGGCUGCAGAAGGCGUUCAGUUUGUCACAAGCGUUGAAAUUGGCAAAGACGUUACGACCGAAGAAUUGAAAUCACAACAUGAUGCGGUUGUUUACGCUAUUGGCUCAACUAUUCCAAGAGAUCUAAGAAUUCCCGGGCGCGAUUUGAAGAACAUAGAUUUUGCUAUGUCUCUGCUAACGGCUAAUACACAAGCCUUGCUCAACAAGGACUUGGAGACUGUACGGCAGCAAAUUGAAGGAAAGAAAGUCAUUGUCAUCGGUGGUGGUGAUACUGGUAACGACUGUCUUGGUACGUCUGUCAGACAUGGGGCCGCUUCGGUCUUGAACUUUGAACUUUUGCCUCAACCUCCCAAUGAGCGUACUAAAGACAAUCCUUGGCCUCAAUGGCCUCGUGUCAUGAGAAUCGAUUACGGACAUGCUGAAGUCAAAGAACAUUAUGGACGGGAUCCUCGUGAAUACUGCAUUUUAUCCAAGGAAUUUAUUGGUAAUGAAGAGGGCGAAGUAAAAGCUAUCAAGACUGUACGUGUGGAAUGGAAGAAAUCCGAAUCAGGGGUUUGGCAAAUGGUGGAGAUUCCAGGCAGUGAAGAAAUAUUCGAGGCAGAUGUUGUAUUAUUGUCUAUGGGAUUUGUCGGCCCAGAAUUAUUUGAAGACUUAAGUGUAGUGAAGACCAAGAGAGGAACCAUCGAGACUUUGUCCGAUUCAUCGUACUCAGUUGAUGGCAGCAAGACGUUCGCCGCAGGUGACUGCAGACGCGGUCAGUCUUUGAUCGUGUGGGCUAUCCAGGAAGGUAGAAAAUGUGCUAACCUAGUUGACAAUUUCUUGAUGGGGUCCACUAACUUGCCUGGGAACGGUGGUAUCGUGAAGCGUGAUUAUAAGCUCUUGGAGGAAUUAGCCUCUACUGUUGGAGCUUGA